GACUAAAAUGUAACCCUGACAUUGGUAUCAAGGAUGUGGAAGUUACUAGCUAUACUUGCGGUCGCGCAGGCUGUGAAUUGUAAUUCCAGCCCCCCACUGGAACAAGGCAGCAAUAGACAAAAGAGGCUAUUAUUUUUCGAUGAACAAGGAAGCCUUGUUAAGACCUAUGCCAACCCACAUCAAUACAACCUUGGAUAUUAUGAGAAAGACAAGAAUCCGUUUUUCUUUAAUUAUUUGAAUCCAUUUUAUAGCCUCCUACGACCAAACACCAUUGGAUCAUCUGUAGUCUAUACUAUACCAGUGUCAGACGCAGUAUUGAAGCAACUCUAUAUGGACCCAUUAUACCACAAUCAACUGUUAGUAUUGCCAACCCGAAAGCCAGUAGUAGAAGCGAGCCCUCUCUGCUCUGGAAAACGAACACAGAUACCAUCUCCAAACCUCUGCAGCAACUUCCUCAAUUGUUGGGACGGAUGGGCCUGGGAACAGGAAUGUCCUGCUGGCCUUUUGUUUUCAAAUGAAGGAUAUUGUGACUAUCAGUAUAAUGUAAAUUGCAACCAUCGAUACGUUAAAGAAGAACCGAAGCCGCUAUGUAAUAAAGAGUUUGAGGCUUUUAAAAACAGUAAUAACUGUAAGGAGUUCUUCAUUUGUGUCCAUAAACUACCCAUGAAGUUUCAGUGCCCAGAGGAACUAGCUUAUAACGAGGAAUUAGGGGUAUGUGAUUACCCAGCUAACGUGCACUGCAAUAUGACACUAAAUAUCACCACUCCUGAUCCUCAAGCUAUAGAGGUUUCCACUACAGCAUCAAAGGACCCAAGUAGUUCAACAACCACACCGGAUAAGCUUAUGCUGAGCAAGACGGAGUUCAAUAGUCAAAGCUGGAAAUCUGUUCAAGUGGCGACUUCUCGACAGGACGCCAUCAAGCAACUAGGUCAGCUUGCUCACAUACAUACCGGUUACUAGAUAGCAAUGAUAUCACCUUACUAGGUCUUAUUUACUAGGAAGUACAUAUCACACCUUAUAUGUGUAACCUGGAUCUUUCUCUUUUAGUAACAGACCUAGUAUGCAGAUGCAAUGCAAUAGCUAUUUUGUCUUCCGGUUGAUUUUAAUCAAUAAGGGAAUUCUUAAAUAUUGUUAUCCAACGUAAUUAAAAAUAAUAAUUCAAUUUACUUCUCAAAAUAUUUAAUCUUUAAGAAAAUUGGCUUUAUAAGAUUGAUCUCUUUGGAAGAUCAAGCAAUCAUUAUAUAAAAAUCUAUUUGUUUAAAAAGUAGUUUUAAAUCGCCUUUGCAUAGUGCUGUAAAGUCCCACACUUUCCAAGAUCUUUGGAGUUUAGCAAUCAAGAUUGUAAUGGUGAAAGCCUGUCAUUAUCACGUGCAUUGAUACGUUUAUAUUAUUAAGAUAAACUGAUUGUAAUGAGCUAUUCAUAUUAAUAAAAUAACCUAUACUAUAA